UUUUUGAUCCUGAAUAUUACGGUUCGUUUUCUCUAUAUAUUUCACUAGAAGCAUUGCAAAGCCUAUAGUACCCAUUAGCAUACGGAUUAACCAACUAUCUACUUAAAAUAAGUAUCAGAUGAUAUAGUUUUCAAGAAAUAUGUUAUUCUCUUUCUUAUUAAGUAUGAAAUAAAAUGAACAUUUCAAUUUUGAAUUCAGCUGAGUUAUUACAGUUCUAAUACAAUGUACUUUAUAAAAUUUAACAAACAGUAUCGAUUUUUGUAUCUGUUGUCCAAUACGUGUGUUAUUAUAUCAAAACUGUACUUUUGUUCAAAAUGAAGAAAAGCAUAAAAUAAAAAAAUUACAGGAAUUAUUUUGCUUCUAUGUUUAAAAAAAAUGUUUAUCACACAACUUCAUCGCGACAGGGGACAAUAAUAAUCAAAAGUUUUCAUGUCUUUAGUAAUAAAUUACAAAUUUCAAUUUGAUUGAAAAGGAUAAUGAUAUAGGUAGGGAUGGUUCUUUUCUUCAAAAAUAUCCUGUUUGAGCACAAUGUAAUCAAUUUUUAAAUCUCAAACUGAUUGUUAUUAUCAAUAUGUCUCUCUUAAAAGGCAAAUAUAAUGUGAACAAAAUAUCAAUGCAAAUUAUAUUAUCAAUCAAAAAUCAAUUAAGUCGCUUUAUAUAUAUAAUGCAAAGCAGAUCUUGAGACAUCUUAAACCAAAUGUAUUACGGUUUGGUAGCAAAAUGACAAAAGUGUGUUCUGCUAUUAUUGUGUUUGCAGUGUUCUGUGGGGUGCUAGCAGCCGCCUUGACGCAGUUUGAACAAGAUUUCCUAGAUGCCCAUAACAAUAAGCGAAGGAUUGUGGUGCCAACGGCGUCGAACAUGAGAGAACUGAAAUGGAGUGCAGAGUUGGCAUCGGUGGCUCUGAACUAUUCCAGGAAGUGCGUGUAUAAACAUAAUCCAAAUAAAUAUGAGGAGGCUCCAAGUUUUAGAAGAGUGGGAGAAAAUUUACGUUAUGAUACUAACGAAAACACUCCUUUUGAAGUUGUUACUAGCUGGGAUGACGAAAAACAUGAUUACGACUACUAUGCCAAUACGUGUGUUCCUAAUAAGAAAUGCGGGCAUUACACUCAGGUAGCGUGGGCGGAGACAGAAUACGUGGGAUGUGCUGUAACCUUGUGUACACCUUUGGUGGAUAAAUCGGACUCUGCCUACUUCUACGUCUGUAAUUACGGCGAACGUGGGAACAUGAAUUGCGAUCGGCCAUAUAUUGAGGGUUCUACUUGUAGUCAAUGUCCCUCAGGGUACACCUGUACUAAUAAACUAUGCCGCCGGUAAAUGGCUCAUGGUGAAAAAUUCUUAAAGACAGAGAAGAAAAUUAUACAAUUUGUUCAAGCAAUUGUCAGUAAAAUUGAAUUUGAAAAA